AUGUAUCAAACAUUAGCAAGGACUAGCCGACGGUAUCUUUCAAAACUACCAGAUAAGACAUCCACGCUCGCUAAAUUCAAUUUCCCUUUGGCAACAAGUACCAUAAAAUCCGUCACUGAAAAUAUCCAUGAGUUUAUAAAUCACAAACAAAAAGUCACCUUAAAUGGGCAUAUACAUCGAAAAGCCAGAAUACGGCCAACUUUGAGCUUUGGUUUCCUACGUGACUGCAAUGGGGAGGUUGUCCAAUUUGUUGCCAAUGCUGCAACAAAUGACAAGGUUAUGGACACAAUGAAGAAACUCACAGUUGAGGAAUCAGUUAGCAUUACCGGAUUUGCACAACAAAAACAAUUGAGAAAAGGCGAAACAGAGAGCUGGGAGUUGGCACUAGAAGAUAUUCAAAUACUAAACCUGUCAAACAUUGAUGCUCCAAGACUAGAAAAACUAAAGCAAGCCCGACCAGAAGAUCUCCCACCUCAAUUUAGAUACUUGCAACUACGUACCCCAUUUUAUCAAAAUGCUUUACGUGUGAGAAGUAAAAUUGCUCAACUAAUCCGUAAAGUGCUUGUUGAUGGCCACGAUUUUGUUGAGAUUGAAACCCCUUUGCUAUUUAAAUCAACACCAGAAGGUGCAAGAGAAUUUCUUGUCCCUACGAGGUCGCCAAACCAAUUCUACGCAUUACCUCAAUCUCCACAGCAGUACAAGCAAAUUCUCAUGAGCUCUGGAUUCACAAAGUACUUUCAAAUUGCCAAGUGUUUUAGGGAUGAGGAUUUGAGAUCUGAUAGACAACCAGAGUUCACUCAAGUUGAUUUGGAGAUGAGCUUUGUGAAUAGCUCAGACCAGGUAAUGAGAGUUGUUGAGGAUGUGGUGUUGAGUAUCUGGGGAAAAAUCAAGCAAACAAGUAUGUACACGUUGAAUGAAAGCGGAGAACUAGUUGAAACUGAACUGGACGCCAACGCUACCCGCUUGUCAAAGUUAGACUAUUUAACAGCUUUGCAAAAGUAUGGAAUUGAUAAGCCAGAUUUAAGAUCCAAAAUCUCAUUCGAAAGUCUUGAAGACUUUUUUGUUGCGACAGAGAACAAUGACUUUCCAGUUGUCGAAGCAUGUGUUUUGAGAGGAGCAUUUGACCCAAAGCUUCAACCAUCGAAACCACCAAAGUCUCUCACUAGUGAGUUAAAUUAUUCUCGAAGAAGGCCCUAUGUAUUCAUUAUCAAGUCUGAAAAUGAUACGAAAACCUGGUACGAGCAACUUGUAAAGAAGGGGUUCAUGAGAAACAAGGGCAAUUUAAGUGAGGAUAAUCUUUGUCGUCGCUUAAGCUUGAACCCGGGUGAUAUUUUAGCUGUUUCAAGUAGAUCGCAUCUACCAUAUGAAAACCCAACUCCUUUGGGCAAGUUUAGACAAUUGGCAAUAUUGGAAUUUCCUGGAAAAUGGCAGCGUCCAAUUCGAAGAGGAAACGACUUGGUCGAUUCUUACAAUUCCGAUGAAACUGUUGUUGGAACAUGGGUUGUUGAUUUCCCACUUUUCAAUCCAGUUGAAGUAUCAGAAGAUACUAAUGCACCAUAUCCAAAAUAUGACAAAAGCCAGUUGGAAUCCACGCAUCAUCCGUUCACAAUGUGCAAAUCAGAAGAUUAUAACUUAUUAGAAACCGCUCCUUUAAAAGUAAAGGGCGAGCAUUACGACUUGGUGGUCAACGGAGUUGAGGUAGGAGGCGGAUCAAGAAGAAUCCACGAUGCGGCAUUGCAGCAAUACAUAUUUGAGGAAGUUUUACACGUAAAGAAUUAUCAGCAGCUAUUUGGUCAUUUGUUGAAAGCUUUGAGCAUGGGCUGCCCCCCUCAUGCUGGGUUGGCUAUGGGGUUCGAUAGGCUAUGUGCUAUGGUGGUUGGCACUUCCAGUAUAAAGGAUGUCAUUGCGUUCCCAAAAAACCAAUCGGGAUCGGACAGAGUUGUUGAGAGUCCUACUACUGUUGAUGAAAAAACAUUGAAUGAGUAUUUCAUUACUACAAUAGAUUCCUGUAAAUAG